GGCGGCACCUAGUACUGCGCACCCAGACUCAAGAAGCAUCAGCAGGAGGUAUCUCAAUCCCCCUAAACAGCAGCAGCCAUGUCAGACCUCUGUGUUGGAAUCAAUGGAUUUGGCCGUAUUGGCCGCCUGGUCCUGAGGGCUUGCCUCCAGAAGGGCAUCAAGGUCGUGGCCAUCAACGACCCCUUCAUUGACCUGCAGUACAUGGUCUACAUGUUCAAGUAUGACUCCACCCACGGCCGUUACAAUGGUGAGGUCUCCAAAGAGGAGGACAAGCUCAUCGUCGAUGGCCAGGCCAUCUCCGUCUUCCAGUGCAUGAAGCCACAAGAAAUCCCCUGGGGCAAAGCUGGAGCCAAGUACGUUGUGGAGUCCACCGGAGUCUUCCUCAGUGUGGACAAAGCCUCAUCUCACAUCCAGGGUGGAGCACAGCGCGUGGUCGUAUCCGCCCCCUCACCCGACGCUCCAAUGUUCGUCAUGGGAGUCAACGAGGACAAAUACGACCCCUCCACCAUGACCAUCGUCAGCAAUGCCUCCUGCACCACCAACUGCUUGGCCCCCCUGGCCAAAGUCAUCCAAGAUAACUUUGGCAUUGAGGAGGCUCUCAUGACUACAGUGCACGCAUACACAGCCACCCAGAAGACCGUGGACGGACCCAGCGCCAAGGCCUGGCGUGAUGGCCGCGGUGCCCACCAGAACAUCAUUCCAGCCUCCACUGGUGCUGCCAAGGCUGUCGGCAAAGUCAUCCCCGAACUCAACGGAAAGCUGACCGGCAUGGCGUUCAGGGUGCCCGUGGCUGAUGUAUCCGUGGUGGACCUGACAUGCCGUCUGAUCAAGCCUGCGUCUUACGCCGAUAUCAAGGCAGCCUGCAAGAAGGCCGCGGAGGGACCCAUGAAAGGAAUUCUGGGUUACACCGAGGACCAGGUGGUUUCCUCUGACUUCAUUGGCGACACCCACUCCUCCAUCUUUGAUGCUGGUGCCGGUAUCUCCCUGAACGACAACUUUGUCAAGCUCAUUUCCUGGUAUGACAAUGAGUUCGGCUACAGCCACCGUGUCGCUGACCUGAUGCUGUACAUGCACUCCAAGGAGUAAAACUUCCUGGCCAAGAAGGAAGUCAGAAAAGGGACCACCCCCACCAUCCUACCACACUUUCCCUUCUCUUUUACACACCCCACCCAUAGCAAAUUCAUAGCAUCACGGCCCCUAACUCUACUACAUUAAACGUAGGCAGCAGCUACUGUGUGUUUGAGUGUUCUGAGUUUAUCUGUUUUCCUUUAACUACAAUCGGUCGGUGACAGUAUUUGUGUCUGUGUGCCCCCUCUGCAUCUCCCACUGCAUCUUUAGAUGUGUCCUUAUGGCUCACUACUAUGGUAACUACUGUAUUCAUCUCCCUGUUGGUGUGUUUUAAAGACUUCAUCACCAGUGGAAGGAGGAAGCUGAGGGGAAGAGCUACUGUAACUCGGCUUAAGAGUAAUGAGACAGAAAUAAAACUUCAAAAACCUCAAGCUG